GAAGGUAGGCAAAGUUUUAUAGUUCUUCCAUCUCAUAUUUCAUUUGUUGUAUUUUAAGAAAUUCUGAAAACAGUUCAAGGCAUUGGAAGGCAUGGUUGAACAAGUAAAACCUGAGGGCCAUUUCACCCACUGCAUGAGCUCUUCGUCGAACAAGUCCGAGAAAAAUGCUGCCAAGUUCAUUUUUUCUGAUUCCCCUUUCACAUGUAUUGGUUUAGGCUUGGCACAACAAAUAAAAUAUGAGAAGGAUGAGGACCUUGCGGCGGCAAGACUGCGUAUUGAAGAGCUAGAAUCCUUAGCAGUUAAUCGACAGAAAGAGGAGCAGGAAGUUAUGAAGCUUAAGCAGCAGCUCAGUGAGUUUAUUGAGGAGAGGCAAGGCGAGUGUUUGAUCCACGUUCUAUUCUUUACUGGAAAUCAUCAAAGGUCUUCCUGAGGGAUUAAAGAUUGUUGAUCUUUCAGCGGUAUGCUUUGUGUUCCUGCGUGUUGUCUCGUUUAAGCCAUCAUGCAAUAAUUUGAGAAUUCAGAGUUUGCUAAUGUCAAGUCUUACCUUGUAAUGUGUUUAGGACUUCCGAUUACGAGAUGUUUCUGAGCAUGAAUGUCGUUUGAGGUAUGAUUUUUCGGCCUAUAGUUUAGGUUGUGGAUGGAUUUUAUUGGCUCACUUGCUUCAGCUUUUCUGCCUAGCAAGAGGUAGAUGCAGCUUUUAAUUGAAUUGUAAUGGUAUGGUGGCAUUGAUUCCAUAGCAGUUUUCUUUUUCGAGUUUAUGAAGUUCGA